AUGGCUUCCUUUGAAUUUGAUAACGUCAAGGCCGAGAAAGAAGAUGCUUUAUGGAGGUACAACAUGGAGAAGAAGUUGAAGAUUGGACUUCGUUUAACCGGAUUUUUGUUGGCUUUGUUUUUGUUUGCAUGGUCUUGGUUCCCUACUUUCAUCCCUGGCACCCUCGAGGUUACCGGAGAUUUCCGCCGCCGUUUGGUUUCUGCUUUUAAUGAACCUCUUUUCACCUUUGUCCUUGUAAACUUCAUCAUCGUUGUUGUUUAUAUAUUGUCUGGCGGAAAACACACCCAGAAACAAACCACAAGCGCUGACAUCUACGACGAAUACGUCGGCAGUUAUCGCCGGAGUAUACUCAGAUCCACCGUCGCCACUGCCGUUCCUGCCGCGGAAGAGAGCAUGGUGGACAAACAAAUUGUUCAUGUAGAAAAGGCGGUUCCUCCGGUUUCUCUUGUAAAGCAGCUAGAACCGACAGUUGAAACGGUUAGAGAGACAAAGACUUCCCUUUCACCAGUUGAACAACCUACAACGACGACGACGGCGAACCGUACAGUACCGACAAAGACAAAGCCUGCCGUUUCAUCAACUGAAGUCAGGGAAAAGGAGUAUCUAAGAAGUCAAUCAACGGUUUCGGAAUCUGUAAACCAAAGAGCGCCAAUCGAGUUUCGGAGAUCCGAGACAUCAAUCUGCGAAGGCGGCGGCGGAGAGACGGUGGUUUCAGGUAUAGAGCCGCGGAGGAAAUCAAUGGAGGAAAUGAGCAACGAAGAGUUUCAGCGGAUCAUAGAUAGUUUCAUUGCUGAAAGAAAGAAAACUCUACUGCAAGAAAACACUGUUACACUAGGACAAAAGAAAAGUGCAUGCCUAUCCUAUUGA